AUGAACACAAAGCAAUUGAAAAGAAAGAGAGAGCAUAGAGAAAUGAAAGAAGAAUUGAAAGAUAGGUCUGUUGUGGUGCAAGAUUCUAAACGAAAAAAACAAAGUUUGAUAUUAUCUCAUUUGAAUGAAGUGCCAGAUGAAUUGUUUUAUAUGGAGAUUUUUUCGUAUUUAGAGUUUGAAUCAUUGGCCAAGUGUGCAAUGGUUUGUAAAAAGUGGUUUAAUGCUUCAGCACAAACAGCAACUAGCCUUUACCAUGAUACCAUUACUGGUAUGGUUAAGAAUACAAAUUACUAUUGUGUACUGGUAGCAAGUGUUUGUAGACAUUUCACAAACAUUCAAGAGCUGAGUUUGCAUGACUGUGGAUUUAUUAAUAUUUUCAAUGAACAAGAAAAUGCAUACAUUGAAACAGUAAUGGGUAAUUUAAAUAAUAUCAGAAAAUUAGAAAUUCAUGGAUUGAGGAUUACAGAUUUUGCAUGUAGGGAAUUUUCACGAACUCCAAAACCAUUUUUGCAGGAACUUAAACUGGAUCAUUGCAUGAUCAGUGAUUAUGGAUUUUCCAAUCUUGCCAGAAAUAAUACCCUUUCCAAUGUUUAUUCUCUCUCAGUAACUGCCAGUGCAAUUGAACUUGACUCGUGCAAAGAAUUAUCAAAUCUGACUAACUUGAAAAUACUGGAUCUUUCUCAUAAUUGUAUCAGCUCAGAGGGUGCUAAAUACUUAUCUAGUUGUCUCCAGAAUAUGGAAUAUCUCGAUCUAUCAUUUAACAAUAUUGAAGAAGGUUUUGAAUCAUUGUGCAGUCAGAAAAAUACAAGUAUGAGGAAAUUAAUUAUUGUUGGAAACAAUAUACCUGGAUCAGCAUGCAAGAAUAUUGGGAAUUUUGAGAGUAUAACUCAUUUGGACAUGACAGGAAAUCCACUUGGAUACGAAGGAGCAAGUUUUAUUUCAAAAGGUUUGAAAGAAAUCCGAACUCUGAAAAUAGCUGAUGCCAAAAUCAAUAGUUCUGCAAUGAUUUACCUCUCUGAAGGAAUAAUGAAUAAUCUUAGUGAAUUAUCGUUGGAAGGUAAUUUCUUUGGAGAUGAAGGUUGUGUAGUAUUUCAAUCACCAAUGUUUUCAAAUCUGAAAAAGCUCAAGCUGAAUAGAAAUUGUAUCACAUGUUUUGGAUGUGAGAAUUUAGCUUGUGAUACUUUGAAAUCAUUACAGGAAUUGAAUCUUUCGUUUAAUAGAAUCAAGACAAGAGGUAUCAACUUCUUAUCAGAAGGAAAAUUUGAGAAUUUAGAAGUGUUGAAUUUAACCUCCAAUUUCCUGCCUACGAUUGCUAUCCCCCUAUUUAAAAAGCCAGUAUUUUCUAAACUAAAAGUACUACUUUUGAUGGGCAAUAGGUUUUCUACUUGUUCUUCAUCAAGUUCACUUAAGGACAUUUUCCCACAAUUGCAACUAACGGAUUGUUAA